GGUGAACCUUUCGUUCUGCGCAGCUGUAGUGACGGUACGGAACGUGGGCGACUCCGGCCAGCAGAGGAGUUGGGAAAAAGACCGGGGGCUCCUCCACAGUGCGGGGAGGCCUGCGGGACCGGCCUUUUGCUUUAGAGGAGGCGUACGUGACGGGACUCCUUUGGCUGGGGGCGACCUUCGGGGUGUUCGAAAUCUGCGGUGACCUUUUUUCCGAGACUAGAGAUUGAAUCCAGGGCCUCUGGAGACAUUGAGAUUCAUAAUGACAUCCUUUCAAGAAGUCCCACUGCAGACUUCCAAUUUUGCCCACGUCAUCUUUCAGAAUGUGGCCAAGAGUUACCUUCCUAAUGCACACUUGGAAUGUCAUUAUACUUUAACCCCGUAUAUUCAUCCACAUCCAAAAGACUGGGUUGGUAUAUUCAAGGUUGGAUGGAGUACUGCUCGUGAUUAUUAUACCUUUUUAUGGUCCCCUAUGCCUGAAAAUUAUGUCGAAGGAUCAACAGUCAAUUGUGUAUUAGCAUUUCAAGGAUAUUACCUUCCAAAUGAUGAUGGAGAAUUUUAUCAGUUCUGUUACGUCACCCAUAAGGGUGAAAUUCGUGGAGCAAGUACACCUUUCCAGUUUCGAGCUUCUUCUCCAGUUGAAGAGUUGCUUACUAUGGAAGAUGAAGGAAGUUCUGAUAUGUUGGUGGUGACCACAAAAGCUGGCCUUCUUGAGUUGAAAAUUGAGAAAACUAUGAAAGAAAAAGAAGAGUUGUUGAAGUUAAUUUCUGUUCUGGAAAAAGAAACAGCACAACUUCGAGAACAAGUUGGGAGAAUGGAAAGAGAACUUAACCAAGAGAAAGAAAGGUGUGAACACCUGCAAACAGAACAAAAGGGUCUUAUUGAAGUGUCACAAAAUUUAAAAAUGGAAAAUGAAGAGUUUAAGAAGCGAUACAGUGAUGCUACGUCUAAAGCUCUCCAGCUUGAGGAAGAUAUUGUAUCAGUGACACAUAAAGCAAUUGAAAAAGAAACUGAAUUAGACAGUUUAAAGGACAAACUCAGAAAGGCAGAGUAUGAAAGAGAACAACUUGAAUGUCAGUUGAAGACUGAAAAGGACGAGAAGGAACUUUAUAAGGUGCAUUUGAAGAAUACAGAAAUAGAAAAUACUAAACUUGUGUCAGAGGUCCAGACUUUAAAGAAUUUAGAUGGAAACAAAGAAAGCAUGAUUGUUCAUUUCAAAGAAGAGAUUGGUAGACUUCAGUUGUGCUUGGCUGAGAAGGAAAACAUGCAAAGGGCUUUCCUGCUUACAACUUCAAAUAAGGAAGAUAUAUUCUUGUAUAAAGAGCAACUUCGUAAGGCAGAGGAACAAGUUCAGGCAACUCGUCAAGAAGUUGUCUUUCUGGCUAAAGAGCUUAGUGAUGCUGUGAACGUUCGAGAUAAAACAAUGGCAGAUUUACAUACUGCGCGCUUGGAAAAUGAGAAAGUGAAAAAGCAGUUAGCUGAUGCACUGGCAGAACUUAAACUAAGUGCUGUGAAAAAAGAUCAGGAAAAGACUGAUACACUAGAACAUGAACUUAGAAGAGAAGUCGAAGAUCUGAAACUCCGCCUUCAGAUGGCUGCAGAUCACUAUAAAGAAAAAUUUAAAGAAUGCCAGAGGCUCCAAAAACAGAUAAACAAGCUUGCAGACCAAUCAGCCAAUAAUAAUAGUGUCUUCACAAAGAAGGUUGGGAAUCAACAGAAAGUGAAUGAUGCUUCAAUAAACACAGACUCAUCUGCUUCCACCUCUGCUUUAGAGAUAAAGCCACCAAUACCUUCUGCAGCAGAGACAGAUAUUGAUAUGCUGACAAAAGGUCAAGUCUAUGAAAUGACCAAAGAAAUUGCUGACAAAACAGAAAAAUACAAUAAAUAUAAACAACUCUUACAGGAUGAGAAAACUAAAUGUAAUAAAUAUGCUGAUGAACUUGCAAAAAUGGAGCUGAAAUGGAAAGAACAAGUGAAAAUUUCUGAAAAUGUGAAACUCGAAUUAGCUGAAAUGGAGGACAAUUACAAACUUCGAUUGGCAGAGAAAGACAAAGAAAUACAUAUUUUGACUUCACAGUUGGAAAACCUCUCCAGGGAGAAGGAACUUAAAAGGGUAGAAAACCAAACAGAACGGAAAAGGGAAGGUCAUAGUCUUCAGCAUGUCUCCCAGGGUCUCAACGCAUGCUCGGAGCAAAAUGGGCGUACUUUGGUGCUGUCCGGUGCACAGCCAGCUCUACAGUAUGGGAACCCUUAUGCGAUACAGGAAACAAGAGAUGGAGCAGAUGGUGCUUUUUACCCAGAUGAAAUCCAAAGGCCACCUAUGAGAGUCCCCUCGUGGGAAGACAGUGUUGUCUGCAGCCAGCCUGCUCGAAACCUUAGCCGGCCUGAUGGUUUAGAGGACCCUGAAGAUAAUAAAGUGCCUUUUCCCAUGACCCACUUGACUGCAGCCAUGGCCAGCAGCUCUGUGGAAGACGAGAAUGUGCCCACUGCCCCUGAUCCCCCAAGCCAGCACUUACGUGGCCAUGGAGCAGGCUUUUGCUUUGACUCCAGCUUUGAUGUUCACAAGAAGUGUCCUCUGUGUGAAUUAAUGUUCCCUCCCAACUACGAUCAGAGCAAGUUUGAGGAGCACGUGGAGAGUCACUGGAAGGUGUGCCCGAUGUGCAGUGAGCAGUUCCCGCCUGAUUAUGACCAGCAGGGCUUUGAAAGGCAUGUUCAGACCCAUUUUGAUCAGAAUGUUCUAAACUUUGACUAAUUAUUUUUAUUAAGAGGUAAUACGUAUCAGUAGUUUAGAAGAUACCACCUUGGACCACUAAAGAGACCAUAAAUUGUCAUGUACCCACUAUGGCACUUUUCAGACUAAGAGCUACUUUGAUUUUGGUGUUUCUAGUGUCAGGAUCAGUCUUUGGCUUAUCAAUAAAUAUAAUUUUAGCCUCUGUUAAUCUUACUUGCUUUAAGAAAAGUUCGUGUGUGUUUAUAUCUUUUAUUUAUUCCCUGGUUUGCAGAACUGUAUGAAUAAAGGAUAAAGGAAUUAUUUCAAUGUUACUACACUGAAAAAAUGUGAUAGUAUGCUAGAUUACUUAGCAGAGUAUUUACAAGUUUCUGUUGACCUUGUUGAUUGAGCAUGACUACUAAAUAUUAUGUAAUAAAAAGCAUUGAUCAUUAACAGUUUUGUGAAUUAAUUCUUUGAAUCAGAAAGGUCCGUAGUUGAGUCCAUGGUAGCUUUUAAAUGUUCUUUAGAAAUGGAACUGCAUGUAGAAUAAUAAUACAUGCUUGAAAAUAUUUUUUUUAUAUAAGAAAUGUUGGCUCUAGAAAUAGAAGGUAUAUUUUGCUAAUUUUGACAAAAAUUUUUAGAGUAACUUGAAUAUUUUUAAACUACAUUUAAUUUGUAUUUAAAAUGAAUGGGAAAAUGGAAAGAUAAGUUAGUACAAUUUGUUUUAUACAAAAUGACCUCAUAAUGUGGCACAGAAAUCACAGAAUAUGUAUCAGGACCCUUUUCACGUUUCCCUAAUGUGAGUAUAAAUUUGAAGUACUGUUCUCAGUAAGUACUUAACAAUGUAAUGUAUAAGCCCAAAUCAAAGUAAUAUGUAUCUUUAGUUAUGUCUUUGUUGUGCAGUAUUCAUCAACAUUAAAGAGGAUACGUUUUUGGA